AUGCUAUCAAUUCUGCGAAAAGCACGUCUGAAGGACAAGGAGAUGCGGAUAUUGAUGCUGGGGCUGGACAAUGCAGGAAAGACGACCAUCGUCAAGAAAAUCAUGAAUGAGGAUGUCAACAGUGUCAGUCCGACUCUGGGUUUCAUUAUCAAGACAAUUGAUUACGACGGCUACAAAUUGAACAUCUGGGACGUGGGCGGCCAAAAGACGCUGCGAACAUAUUGGAAGAACUACUUCGAGAAGACAGACACGCUCAUCUGGGUCGUUGAUGCUACAGACCGUGAGCGGAUCGACGACUGCCGGCGUGAGCUAGAGGGGCUGUUGCUCGAGGAGCGGCUUAUGGGUGCAAGCUUGCUCGUGUUCAAGAACAAGAGCGACGUCUCGGGAGCCAUGACAGAAGACGAGGUUCGACAGGGCCUCCGGCUCGACGCUAUCAAAACGCACAAAUGGACCAUCAUGGCGUGCAGCGCGAUGACGGGCACGAACCUGCAUGAAGGGCUGCAGUGGGUGGUGCAGGACGCGAAAAGCAGGCUGUUCUUGUACUGA